GCCAGGCGAAAGGUACGAGGGGUGGCGGUUGUUCCUGUUGUUGCGGAUGGCGCUGCCGCCGCCUCCUCCUCCUCUUCUUCCUCCUCCUCCGGUCUUCCCAUUAGCCCGUUUGCCAAGGCACAAAACGCGGGCGGGGGGGGGAGUCGUCAGGGGAGGAUAGCCCCCUCCGCCCAUCCGUUGCGGGGAAGGAGCGCCCCAGCCUCUGCCUGCGCAGCCCCUGCGGGCGUCUCAGCUUGGAACAUACACAUGGAAAACAUUCAGCUUCUCUUUAUCUAACCUGAUUUCUCCUGGCUUUUAGCAGACAAUAGGCAGCUAGACGCUUCCUACCUGUGCCCUGAACUACCAUGAUAUCAUGGCAAGAUUUCGUAGGAGAACAUGCAUCAUUUUGCUGCUUUUUAUUUUAUUUAUUUGCUCUAUAAUGAUGGCACUGAAAACUCUGAGACCAGAAAGAGCUGGGUUUGGAGAUCCAUUUGGUCUUGGCCUAUUACCUGAUUUUCAGCAACAGACAACACAUUUAAAAAAGAAGUUCAAUUUGCAUAAUGGAGCAAAAGAAGAUAGUUUCACACGGACCAAAAGUGUUCACCCUCUGCCGAUGAAUCUCAAAACGCCCACAGUUUCUAUAAGAAAAAUGGAAGACCUACCUCCUCCAAAUUAUAACUUUCAUGUAUUUUACUAUAGCUGGUAUGGGACUCCACAGUUUGAUGGAAAAUAUAUUCACUGGAACCAUCCAUUAUUGACACACUGGGAUCCCAAAAUUGCAAGUGGUUAUCCAAAAGGCAAACACAAUCCUCCAGAAGAUAUUGGGUCAAGCUUCUACCCAGAACUUGGACCAUAUAGCUCUAAAGACUCAUCUGUCAUAGAAGCUCACAUGAAGCAAAUGAGGUCAGCUUCCAUUGGGGUAUUGGCUCUUUCCUGGUACCCACCAGCUAUGGCUGAUGAAAAUGGAGAACCCACUGAUGGCCUUGUGCCUACAAUUUUGGAUAUUGCUCAUAAGUAUAAAUUAAAGGUCACUUUCCAUAUUGAGCCAUAUAAAGACAGAGACGAUCGCAGUAUGUACAGCAAUGUCAAGUAUAUUAUAGACAAAUAUGGAGGCCAUCCAGCUUUUUACAGACAUAAAGUCAGUACAGGUAGAACCCUUCCCAUGUUCUAUGUUUAUGAUUCUUACAUAACAAUCCCAGAAAUGUGGGCAAAUCUGCUCACUGUAUCAGGAUCUCAAAGUAUACGUAAUACACCCUAUGAUAGCUUAUUCAUUGCCCUUCUUGUAGAAGAAAAACACAAACAUGAAAUUCAUCGAAGUGGCUUUGAUGGAAUUUACACAUAUUUUGCCACAAAUGGCUUCUCUUACGGCUCAAGCCAUCAUAAUUGGCCAAGUUUGAAAGCUUUCUGUGACAUAAAAAACUUAAUGUUUAUUCCAAGUGUGGGCCCAGGCUACAUAGAUACCAGCAUCCGACCAUGGAACAAUCACAACACACGCAAUCGUGUCAAUGGGAAAUACUAUGAGACGGCAUUCAGCGCUGCGCUUCUAGUGCGACCUGAAAUCAUUUCCAUCACCUCUUUCAAUGAAUGGCAUGAAGGGACUCAGAUUGAAAAAGCUAUUCCUAAAAAGACUGGUACGACAACUUACUUGGAUUAUCAGCCACAUAAACCAAAUAUUUAUCUGGAGCUCACUCACAAGUGGUCUGAAAAAUAUAGCAAAGAAAAAGAACAGUGGCUUACAUGAGUUGCUGUUGUGAUUGGGAGUUCUACAAUGAAUCUAUCACUGAUAGAUUGAGAACAUGUUCAGUUAUGAGGAAAUGGUCUGCACUCUUGCUACAGCUUUGUUAUAGAAAGUUUUCACUUUAAGGAGUAAAGGUAACAACAAGCAAUAUUAUCCCUUCAGUUGUUUUAUUAUAUGAAGAUGAUGUUGGCCACGCUUAAUAUUGUAUAUAUUAUUAUGUAUUACAACUACUGUUUCCAGAGUAUUUGAGUGGUUACACAAAUAGAAUGUUACAGAGCUAAUUUCAAAUCUGGCUGCAAUCAAAAUAGUUGCAUAAGAUAUCUGCCUGCAGAUUUUUUUUUUUAUUAUUAUUGCAUUUUUUGGGAAAAAAGAACACCUCUCAAAGCAAAGCAGUUUAGAACCCAUUUCAAAUAUAAUUUGAAAAGCUGUAGUUGAGAUAUGAAAUCAAGCAAAGAUGGUGCUCACAUCCAGUCCUUCCUCAGUAAAUCUCUUGGAUCAGAAGCUUGGAACAACUGUGUACAAAGAUAUUUAUCCAAGUUUGUUGAAGAUUAAUAUGUAUAUGAUGCAUGACACUGUAAAGAAAUGAAUUCACUAGGAACUUUUCAGUUCAAGAACCACUUAAAAUUAAUCAGUGCUAUGUAAGAGCACAGUGUUAGGGUCCUGUGCAGUUCUCAGUAAUCUCCAUGUGAAUAGCUGGAAUGGGUGAUAAAUGGCCUGUUAUAUUUAGUGUGCUUUUCAGAACACUAAAAAAAAAAAAAAAACUUUUAUUUGCAUUUACUUUAUUAAAAUUAGGGAGGGAUGUGAAAUUGUCAUAAUAUUCCUAGCCAGUAAACUAUUACUGUUUCAGUUCAACUAUUUCUAAAAAGUGGUAAAUUGGCACCCACCUUUUAUGUGAAUCACUGCAAGUAGAAUUAGGAAACAACAUCAAACUCCCCCCCCCCCAAAAAAAAGGUGAGGGAAGGAGGGGUUAAAGCAAUAACCAACUGAAAUUGAAGCAUUGAGAAAUUUAUAGUGUCAUUCAAUUCAUUCAUAGGAUAGUCUGACCUGGAAAGAGGACUUUAAUGGGAAGGCUUGUCCCUAAUAGGGAGAGCUUAAAAGCCACCUUUAGUUAUAUCCCAACCAUUGGAAUGGUUUUCAAAGAGAAAAUAAUCUAGCAAAACAUUUUACUUCUCAGAACAGGCUCAGAAUAUGUUUUCAUGAAACUUGUUAGGCUUUUGAGAAUAUUUUAGAAGCUAAAACAAGUCUGUUUAAAAUUAUUGUUCUUUUUCCAACAUCUUAAUUAAUAUCCAUUCCCAGAUUAAAAUGAAGAUACCAAAUUUGAUGGGGUGAAUGGAAGGAAGCUCUAAUAUUAAAAAAAAAAAAUCACUCAUACCGUUUGUUGUUAUAGUAUUAUGAAUGUCACUUUUACACUGGCUCUUUGUUCAGUUUCCUUUUUACAAAUAUGUAAUUUAAGGAUUCUUUGCAUGAAAGCACCCCAUUAUUACCACUCAAAGUGGUUUACACUAUUUAAAAAAAAAUCAGAAAUAGAAAAAUUAAUAACUUUUAAAAAAUUGCUUCCUUGCAAGUAAACUUUACAUAAAAAGCAAAACUUUUUUGUGGAGCCAUUUCAAAUAUAAACUUCAUUGGUAAUCUGAGAUUCGAAGACUAUUCACAAGGACUCUUCUAAUGUGAAUGUUAUUCCAUAAUGGGCUAUAGGAUGUUGUGAUAUGGGGCAAAGAGUUGGUGCUUUUCUAUUUCCACUAGUGAUGGGCAAACUCUUCAUCUGGGCCUGAGAAAAUUGUUUUAUUCAUUAAAAAAAAAUAUCUUACUUUAUUUUGCAUCUUACUCUAAACCCAAUUUGCAGUCUGUUCAGCAUCUAAGAAUCUCAUCAGAAGCAGGAUGGGCCCAGACUGCGUAUUCUCCUGGCCACAAAAAAGUCUGCUGCAAUGGAAGCUAUUUCUGCUGAGAAACGUAUUUUUUUCUAGGUGCCUGAGACUUUGCAUAUAAACGACUAGACUGUGGACCAUGCCCCGUGAUUUUAGAAGGAGAAAGAUGCAGGUGCCAUUAAGGCAUUUCCUGAAGUCCCAUCACUAAUAUUGCCAUCUUUUGCCAUGUGGGCAAAAAAAGGGCAAAGAGAAGCCCAUUUCUUCCACUACUUCUCUCUCUUGCUUUUUAGCAAUUGUUAAAUGUUUGGAGAGUUGAGACUGAUGAAAUUUGGAUUUUCUAGCCAUGCUAAUAAUAGAAAUAUAAUCACAUUCUAUGAUUAUUUUCUCCUACAAAGGAUCCAGCAUUAGUCACUUAUCACAGGAAGUAACACAAGGACUUUCUAAAAAGACAUGCAAUUUAAAGUGAUUAGCUGUGGCAAAAGACAUAGUUCAUUGCCAUUUUUGUAACUAAUCCUGCAAAAAUAAAUGGGUCAUUGUAUUCUAGGAUAUACCUGUAUUGUAGCAGAUACUCAAUGCAGAGGCACUGAUGGAUAUGAGUGCACUAAAGAACAGUAUAGAUGUAAAGUGAAAAUUAUUUAAAUGCAGCUCUCCAUUUAUCCAGUUUGCAAAGGUGUCUGAUGGGAUACCAAGGCAAACUGUGAGCUGAAUUUUAUCUUUCCUACAUAAUAAUAGAUUAUAGCUGAUGCAUACAGACCAUACUAUACGCCUGUAGGUAAUAAUGCUAAGCUUUCCAUUUGUUAUACCACUCAACUUUCAUAGACACCAUAAAAGAGCUUUAUUAAUGCUACUUUCUUGCCAGCAGAAAACUAAGUGGUUAUUAUUUAUUUAUUAUAUCACUCAUUAAUUACUGUGUAAGUUUUAUGAAUUGUCCCUUUAAAGUAGGGGUGGGCAGUCUGCCAAUGGCACGCAGCCUCAUGGCACAAGGAGCACACCAAGAUUGUACAGCUGAAGUUCAGUUUUAAAAUGGCUGAUUUGCAUGCCCUUUUGGAAUUUAGGGAGAGUUUUAAGGGUGGGAAUGGAAAUACUUAGCUUUUGGGUGGCAGCAAGCUUACAUUUCUACCUUUUAAUCCCCUGAAUCACCCAGAGUGAAAAAUAUACUGAAAUAUUUAAUCCCCUUUCAAUGACAUCACUAUGUCAUCAGAACAUGUUUUGCAUCCUGCUGACUGAUCAAAACUUAUUUCUGAGUAAGCAUGCUUAGAAUUGCAUUAUUGAUAUCUUCAGAGGCCUCAGAAAAUUUGACACAUUUAUUUAAAGCGCUUAUAGUAUUCUUAAAAUAACUAAUACUUCAAACAAGGCCAGAUGUCAUACUGACAGAAUGAAGAAUUUACCUCAAGUAACAGAUUUUGGAUAUCAUGAAGGGGAAGCAGAUUCUUAGUUACUUUAUUGGUCUACUUUUGCUGCCAGGGAAAGGCCCUUAUCAGAGGGAGUUUCCACUCCAUGUGGUUAUGCAUUUUUAUUUGACUUGUCAUACUCAGUUCAUAGAUAAGAAUUUAGGGAUAAUCAAGCUCUGAAAACAAUGUAGCUACUUCUAUAGGCACUUUGAAUAAUCAGAUCAGUAAGCUAAGAUUCUGUAUCAUUUACUUCUCACUGUCAGUUGUUCACUUGGAAAUACUGUUAUCUGCCAUAGGUAUAUGGAUGGAAAGAGAAACCACAUAUAUAGUUGGACACUCAGAUGGCCAGCCCGUUUUUCAGCAGCUACAGCUAAGAUUUCAAACAAUCUGCCAGCUAAAUAAUAGGCCUUUCUCCUUCUCUCCUUCAUCAUAGUAUAUUGCUGGAUCCACUUCAUUGGAUAUAUAGAGUUUGAAGAGUUAUGCCAAUUGUUCUGUCAGCUAGGAUAAUUUAUAGCAGUGUUGUUCCCUUAGAUGUUUGAAAUACUGAAAGAAAGCAGUUUUGCAGUAUUACGAGAGAGGGAUUACAGCAGUCUUUAU